AUGUCUCCUCCUCCAUCCAUUCCACGGACGAAUGCAGCUCAGAAUCCUGGCUCCAAGAAGUCAGCAGCAUCUCUCCUCCCUGCAUUCGAGCCAUUGUCGUCCUCUCCAUCGCUCCCGAGGACCCUGAAGCGGAGUCGAGAUGCAUUGAACGAACAGCCAACAUAUCCCACGCCAGUGCCCACUUCCUCCACUGCCAUUCUUUCCUCCUCGCCGUCACGCAUUCACCUCGCCAAGUCCAAGCUGCAGAGGACCUCUUCCACCCUUUCGGAACGUACUCCCCUCGGGGCCGUCCCGUCGAUCCAACUUGAUGGCGAUGGCAAGAUAACGCGUAUGGGACGAUCCAGCGCCUCGUGUGACUACCAACUAUCUGCCAAUCGUCUGAUCUCGAGGGUACACGUCGAAGCUUGCUACAAACCGGCAAACUCGAGUCUAGCACGCGACCGGGUGGAGAUCACUUGUACUGGCUGGAAUGGUAUUACGAUACACUGCAGGGGACAAGUGUACGAUGUGAAGAAGGGAGAAACAUUCUCCUCGGACGUGAGAGAUGCCGAAAUCAUGCUUGACGUUCAUGAUAGUCGUGUGGUAGUCUUGUGGCCUCCAAAGCCUCAUUUAGGCGCUAUAUCAUCGGAUGACGAGGAAGAGGAGGAUUCUCCUUCGAAGCGCCAGCGGGUCAUGUUGCGACAUUCGACACCACCAAGUCCCAGUCCGUUACAAACCCGACGACGACCUGCUUCCCCCAUUUCUCCUUCGCCUGCCGUCCAAGCCUUGAUGCCAUCCUCGCCUCCGCUUCCUCCUGCACGUGCUCCGGUGGAAGCCGUCCAAAUAUAUGAAGAUCCGGCAUCACCACCCAGGGUUGACGGUGCCGCUGACGUCGCAGAGGUGUCCCAGACUACUCAAGCCUUGUCCGAAAGCGUCCAAAACCCUGUCGUCUCGCAGCCCAACAUUUCCAGCACGACAGAGGACUUUUCCGACAACGAUGAAGAAAACGAUCCUAUCAUCCAUUCGUUCGGCCCCUUUGGCGCUAACCUGCUGCCGAGAAUGGCCUCUUUCACUACUGCUGGGGAUUCUCCCAAGCCCAGUACUUCCAUCAAGAGUUCGAGAUCGUCACAUGCGGAAGCACGUCAAGCUAACCAGCCACCAGCAGUGACUAAAAAGCCUCAGGAAGACCCUGAGAUCGACGUCCAGGGCCAUAUCAUUAAUCAACUCGCCUUCUCAAGGUUGUCAUCUACUCCACUGUCCACCAUACUAAGCCAUCUUCCACGAGAGGCCGGUGUUCUGUCCAUUAAUGAUAUUAGGAAGAUCAUCAAAGAGACAACAUGUAUUGGGGAGGUAGCGAGGGAAGGAAAAGAUGCCGCUGGGAAGCCUCUGGAAAGCGAGUAUUACUACAUCCCAGAUGAAGAUAAGGAUGAAAAGAGAAAGGAAGCGGUGGUGAACGAUCUGCGGAAACCUGGAUUGCGAGCAUGUCGGAAACAGCAUAAGCAAUAUUUCUGGCGCAAGCCGAAAUGA